GAUCAUAUUUUGUGUUGAUCAUGACGGUUGGUAGACAAAAGGCUGUGAUGUCGAUGAUCGACCGUAGUACCGAUACGGCUCACGAUGCUGAUCUUACUGAGACCCACAACGACUUCGGCAAGUACGUCUUCUCACAGAGGGUCAUGCAGAAUCGUCUGCCGACUGACGUCUACAGGCAGCUAAGGAUCUCCAUGGAGGCCGGGAGGCCUUUGGACCCCUCUCUGGCCGACACUGUAGCUGCAGCUAUGAAGGACUGGGCUGUGGGUCUCGGCGCCACCCAUUUCACCCACGUCUUCUACCCCCAUACCGGCUCUACUGCCGAGAAGCAUGAGAGCUUCAUUGAGCCUAGGGGUGAUGGCACUGCCUUCACUAUGUUCAAUGGGAAAUCCUUGAUCCAAGGUGAACCCGACGCCUCCUCCUUCCCCCAUGGUGGUAUCAGAGACACCUACGAGGCCCGUGGGUACACAGCCUGGGAUGUCACAUCCCCUGCAUACCUCAUGGAGAAGGGCGGCUGCCUUACUCUGUGUAUUCCAACGGCCUUUGUUUCUUGGACGGGGGAGGCCAUGGAUCUGAAGACCCCCUUGCUGAGGUCCAUGCAGGCUGUCGCUGCUGCCGCUGAGAAGAUGCUCACCCAUUUUGUUGGAGAUGAGCCGAUCGGACAAGUCGUUUCCUUUUGUGGAGCAGAACAGGAGUAUUUCUUAGUAGACAAGAAGCUCUUCGCGAUGAGGCCCGACUUGGUCAUCUGCAACCGCACUCUCUUCGGCCUGUGCCCAGCCAAGACUCAGCAGUUCGACGACCACUACCUUGGGGCCAUCCCAGACCGCAUCCUCAAGUGCAUGACGGAGACUGAGAGUCGACUCUACAAGUUGGGUGUGCCUAUCAAAUGCCGACACAAUGAGGUCGCCCCCGGCCAAUUCGAGAUAGUCCCUCUCUUUGAGACCGCCAACAUAGCCUCGGACCAUCAGCAUGUCCUCAUGCAAGUCCUGGACAACAUCGCCAGUAAGCACGGCUUCAAAGCUCUAUUCCACGAGAAGCCCUUCAAGGGAGUCAAUGGCUCUGGUAAGCACGUGAACUGGAGUCUGGGGAACAACACUCAAGGCAACCUUCUCAACCCGACCGACAGCCCUGCUGAGAACUUGCCGUUUUUGAUGUUCCUGUCGGCUGUUAUUCGUGCUGUCGAUCUCCAUGCUGGCCUCCUUAGGGCGACCGUGGCCUCGGCUUCCAACGACCAUAGACUCGGCGCCCAGGAGGCUCCCCCGGCCAUCAUUUCGGUCUACCUCGGUGAACAACUGCAGGAUGUAUUUGAACAAAUUCGCGCGACUAUCAAUUCGGAAGGAUGCUCAGGUGGAUACAACAUCGAGACGAGGGUUCACCGGAGUGCCAUGACAGUCGGAGCUCAUCCUCUGCCCACUCUCAAUAAGGAUGCUGGGGACAGGAACAGGACGAGCCCGUUCGCUUUCACAGGAAACAAGUUCGAAUUCCGUGCUGUUGGUUCGAGCGACUCCCUCUCGCCGGCCCUAAUAAUGCUGAACACAAUGAUGGCCCAGAGUUUGAAGGCGAUGUGUGCCCAGCUGGAAGAGUACCUGGAGGGAGGCCUCUGUCUCGACGCUGCGGCCAAGGCUGUGAUAAGGGACACCUAUAGGGAUCAUGGCCGUGUUGUUUUUAAUGGUGAUGGCUACUCGGACGAGUGGAAGGAAGAGGCAGCUCGUCGUGGUUUGAAGAAUCUUGUCAAGGCCCCGGAAGCCCUGGCCGAGUUCGCCACUGAGGAGGCCAUCGGCCUCUUUGAAGGGACUGGGGUCAUGAGCAAAUCAGAGGUUUUGGCCAGACAGAAUGUCCUCCUGGAACGCUACACCAACAUGGGGCGCGUCGAAGCUGAAUGUGCCCAUCGUAUCGCCCAUACCGUCAUAGCCCCUGCGUGUCUGCGCUAUUUGGCUGAGGUCUCGAGUACUCUGAAUUCGGCCAAGGCGGCCGGGGGCGGGGUGCCUCCUAAGUUCGUCCAGGACAAGUAUAACGCUGUGAGCAAAGCCAUUGAUGAGCUUGGUCAGGCUGUGGAGAAGUUGGAAGCAGUCAUGAAUCACAAGGAUGAAGAUGCUGAUGAAAUGGUUCAUGCCAGGUACAUAGCCGAUGUGUUAGCCCCAGCAACGGCUGAGCUACGUGAGAAGGUUGACGCCAUGGAGCUGUUGGUCGCAGAUGAUUAUUGGCCUCUUCCCACUUAUCAAGAGAUGCUUUUCAUGAAGUGAUUACUUCCAUUGUAAUCGUCAAUCAAUUCUGUCUAAGGGUGGCGACGCCCACGGAAUCUCGUCGUCGCUGCGCCCCAUAAUAGUCAUUGUCUUUUCAUCUA